CGUUAAUGUCCGUCAUGACGCAUGCGUAUUUACAGAAAAAGGCCUGAAAAAUCGGAAUAAGUUUUAACGGAUUCCCAGGAAAAAGUGCAAGUGAAGGACUGAAACUGUGGUCAAAUAAGUAACGAGAGUAAUUCAGAUAAACCCAUCAGGUUGAUUUAAACCUCCGAAUCACUCCGCACGAGUCGAAAGUGUCUUUUAUAACCUGUCGAUUGAAUAUUGCACUUCACAUCGCCAUCCCAACGUCGAUUUUUUUUUUGUGAAGGAGUUUUCUCGUUUGUCGAGGAGAGUUUUUCGGUCGAGUUGUGAGGAUGUCGAAGCCGGAGCAGAUUUUAACUAUUGAGCCGCAGGGCGAGCUGAGAUUCAGGGGCCCAUUCACAGGUUCACCUGUCACAUCCUACAUAAAGCUUAUCAAUCCCUCAAAUCAAAAAGUUUAUUUCAAAAUAAAGACAACUGCCCCAAAGAGGUACUGCGUCAGGCCCAACAGUGGGAUAUUGAAGGCUAAGGAGGUCACGGAAAUAGCAGUCUGCUUGCAGCCUCAUGAAUUCGUUGCAUCAGAGAAGAAUAAGCACAAGUUUAUGGUACAGACAGUGGUCGCACCUGAGGGAGACACUGAUGACUUCGUCAAUGAUGUUUGGAAAGAUGUCGAUCCCAAUCAGAUCAUGGAUUACAAACUAAAAUGUGUAUUCGAGAAUCCAGUGAGCAAUGCUGCACCAGCAAAUGCCUCAGCAACAGCCAGUUCCGCAAGACCAGAUUCCGGUGUAACUGAUGGGAAGAACAAGACCAGUGGCGACACAGCAAAAUCAUCCUCAAAGUCAAUGGACGAGACUAAAGAGGAAUUGCUGGAGGCAGAACAGGAGAUCAUUCAGUUGAGGGUAGCAGAGAGCAAUUUGAGACAGGAAUGUCUUCAACUCAAGGAAGAAGUCCUGAAAUAUCGAAACACAUUGGAGAAAGGUGCAAACGUAACGUCAGGUCGUCUAACAUCAGGACAUCUUGAGCGCAGCAAUCCACCGCUGCCACUCACAUCAACCACAGUAAUAAUCUCAGUCGUAAUGGUCAUAGUCGGUUAUUUACUGGGAAAAUUAAUCUGAGCAGUUAAACUGUCGAUUGUUCCAAAUAAUGAGGCCCCUCAGCACUCCCCUAUAUCUCAUUUAUUUAGCCUUCUCUCCCGACAACGCCACUUCGAUCGCCAUCACUUAUUAAAACGCAAGUAAACUUCUGAGUUUGUCCUCUGAAUGUGCAUUAACAAUAAAAACGAACAAAAUUCAAUAAUAUUUUAAAUUUUCAUUUUCUAUGGUUUAUCGUAGCUCGAUGACUCAUUAAACAAGAGUUCAAUAAUGAAGUGGGGAAAAAUUGUGGAAUUAUCCGAAUUAACGACAAAAUGUUGAGAUAUUUUACACGAUUUCAGGAAAUUCUCUUGUUUUUCCACUUCACUAAUGAAUCAUUUAGACUCAGAAUAGGCUAUUGAUUUGUCUCCAUUAAUCUCGCAUUUUAUAUCCAUGAUAAGGGACGGGAAGGUACUUAAAAAUUCUGUUAAUACUUAAUAAUAAAGAAAAAUAAAAAAGAUAAUGACAUUUUAGCGACGAUUUGAGAAUUUUUAGUGGAACGUUUUCCUCGCUUACUGGAUCGUCUAUAUAAAUAAUAAAUAAUGAGAAACGUGUCGCUAAUGAGAAUAAAUAAAUUGAUGAUUAAUGAAUAAUUAAUGAUUUUAAUGGGUUAUGAAAAACUGUUAACGAUUGAUAUAAAAAUGGAAUUAAUGUCGUUUAGGGAGUGUUGGAGAUUAUAGUGGAGGGAGGGGGGAUUGACAUGUGUCAGGGGGCUCGUGCGUUUUCACAUGUCAGAGGAAUGAGAACUCUAAAUACCCAGCAAUUUUCAUGUUUGUUUUUUUAUUACAUUUCUUCGUGGUCAAGUGGAUUAAGGAGAUGUGUGAGCCAUUAAAUUUUAACGAGAAGUGGAAUUAUCUGGGGGGGUUACAUGAAUUAUUGAUGAACCAUUGGAUUGCUGGGGAAAUUUCCGGUCUUGUGAGGAUAUUCGAACCUUUUCUACAGGAUUUAAUCCAAAGAAAAUGGAAAUUUCGAGAUUAAACGUUGCAGUUUAUUCGGGAUUUCUUUGUUAAUUAUUCACUCGAGAUUAUGAGUAAUUUAGGGAAAAUGUGGGAGAAUGUUUUUGUGUUAAUCGUAUUAAUUUUUCAAUUUCAAUUAAUUCCAAUUGAUGAGAAAAAUAACACGAUUUUGCUGUGAAAUUUCAGUGGAUUCACACAUGUAAUGAUCUUCUAUUUUCCUUCAAAGUCAUUCGUCUUCGUAAUCAGAAAUUUUCCUGAUCCAAUGGGAAUUACCCUUAUUUCACUUUUCCACUGAAUCAUUAAGGUCUUGUACAUAAAUACAGUUGAACUUGGGGAAGAGAUUCAGAGAAAAACGAUAAAAAAUGUCUUCGUAGAGCGAUAGGGUGGCAGGGGUGACGGUGGAUACAAUAGUGGUACAUUAGUCCGAUUAAUGGUAAUAAUUGAUGAAAAUUUAUACUGAAAAAAAAACUUGUUUCUUAUUGUUUGGCAAUGGCGCACUGUUCCUCCAUUAAAAUUUGACGCAUUGAAUUUAUAAAACGCAUGAGUGUGAUUUUUAUUUAUUUAUGUUUGUCUCAUGAUUUGAGAGAGUUAUUCAUUGAUCAAAGGAAUAAACGAUGUCUAAUAAUGA